UAUUUAAACGCGCUCAGGGGCGGGGAAAGAGAGAAACUGAACUCAGCUCCGCCAUAGGCUCUGCAGCGAGCCGCAUUCUGAGUUCUCGAUACGCGCGACUUUGCUGCCGAAACCACCGGUGAGACGCUGAUACUUUAUAUAAACGUUAAUCCUAAGAAGUCAGGCACUCGGGAUGACAAUCAAGGCUGUCUGCGUAUUGUCGGGCUCGGACAAAACCAAGGGGACCCUUCACUUCUCGCAGGAGUGCGAGGGAAAGCCGGUUAAAGUUGUCGGCGAAGUAACUGGCCUUGGGAAAGGACUUCAUGGGUUUCACAUUCACGAGUUCGGAGAUAACACUAACGGGUGUGUGAGUGCAGGUGCGCACUUCAACCCGCACGGCAAGGAGCAUGGUGCACCGACUGAUUCGAACAGGCAUGUUGGAGACCUGGGCAAUGUUGUUGCUGGCGACGAUGGUGUUGCGAAGGUCAACAUCGAGGACUGUGUAAUUUCUCUUUGUGGAGCGCACAACAUCAUUGGACGAUCUCUUGUGGUUCACGCCGACCCAGACGACCUUGGAAAGGGAGGCCAUGAACUGAGCAAGACUACAGGGAAUGCGGGUGCACGACUUGCCUGUGGUGUAGUUGGCAUCACCAAGUAAGCCAACAAAAUGGCACAUUUACGAUACUUCGUUCAUGCAUUCUCAACAUGCAGACCAAUAAACUUUUUUUUCCCCGAA